UUGAGCAGGAAAGCACAGGCUUGUUGACUUCCUCUCCCUCCCUUCCUUCCUUCUCUGCGAAGGUACUCAUCUGAAAAAUGAGAACAAAGUGAUUGUUCCUGUUCUCUUUCUUAAGUCACUUCAAAUGCUGUUUGUGCGGCUGGAGCUCAUUGUGAGGAGAGCAGAGCAGGAGACAGGUGAUGGAGGAUUUGAUAUGAAGGUGUAGAAAUCUCCAGCAUGGAUUCGAACGAGAGCGAAUGCAAGCGUCCAGAGGACUUCGCCAGCAGAAGCGUCGACCUUUCUCUUCUUCCCUAUCCUCUUCCUCGCCCCGUCAUGCCUCAGCCGCGCCGAUACAUCCCAGACAUGAUCGAUCUGAACCGGCUGCGUCUCCAUCGUGUCGUCCAGGUGAAGCAGGAGUGUCCUCCACUGUGGCCUCCGUCGCCUCCGUUACUCCUGCGCUCUCCUGCUCCCUACUUGCCUUCUUUCCAUCCCAGUCUGGUCCCGUUCCCGUUCCUCCUGCCCGGCUCCAUCCCACACCUCUCUCCGAACCCCUUCUACCCUACAGAGGCCGCACGGUUCCGCCGCAGGAGCCAAGAAGCCAGCAAAGCCGAAAAGCUGAACGUGCACGUGGACGACAGCUACUAUAUAGACGUGGGCGGCGAUCAGAAGCGCUGGAAGUGCCGCAUGUGCGAGAAAUCCUACACGUCCAAAUACAACCUGAUCACACACAUCCUGGGCCACAGCGGCAUCAAGCCGCACGGAUGCAAGCUCUGCGGGAAACUCUUCAAGCAGCUGAGCCACCUGCACACACACAUGCUGACGCACCAGGGCUCACGGCCGCACAAGUGCCAGGUGUGCCACAAAGCCUUCACGCAGACCAGCCACCUGAAGAGACACAUGAUGCAGCACAGCGACGUCAAGCCGUACAGCUGCGGCGUCUGCGGCCGGGGCUUCGCGUAUCCCAGCGAGCUGCGCGCGCACGAGCUCAAGCACGAGAGAGGACAGGAGAACGUGUGUGUGGAGUGUGGACUCGACUUCCCAACGCUGGCGCAGCUCAAACGCCACCUGACAGCGCACCGCGGCCCCGUGCAGUACGACUGCAGCGAAUGUGGCAAGAGCUUCCAGUAUCCCAGCCAGCUGCAGAACCACAUGAUGAAGCACAAGGACAUCCGGCCGUUCAUCUGCAGCGAGUGCGGGAUGGAGUUCGUCCAGUCACACCAUCUCAAGCAGCACGCGCUCACGCACAAGGGAGUGAAGGAGCACAAGUGUCGCAUCUGUGGCCGUGAGUUCACGCUUCUGGCGAACAUGAAGCGACACGUUCUGAUUCACACCAACAUCCGAGCGUAUCAGUGCCAGCUGUGCUACAAGAGCUUCGUCCAGAAGCAGACGCUCAAGGCUCACAUGAUCGUCCACUCCGACAUCAAGCCCUACAAGUGCAAGCUGUGUGGAAAGGAGUUUAACAGAAUGCAUAAUCUGAUGGGCCACAUGCACUUGCAUUCUGACAGCAAACCCUUCAAAUGUCUUUACUGCGCCAGCAAGUUCACCCUGAAGGGAAACCUGACGCGCCACAUGAAGGUCAAACACGGGAUCAUGGACCAAGGCCUGGACGCUCGCGUCUUCAGGAGACGAGGACGGCUGUGUCUCUCCGGUCCUCUGCGGAUCCUGUCCCGCAUCGGUCAGGAAGAGCCCUUCGAUCUGUCCCAGAAGAAGCAGCUGCGUCUGUCUCAGUCUGACGGCGGGAGCUCGGGCCGAGAAGAAGACGAGGACAGUCUGUACCGAAUGAGCCAGGACAGUCCUGACCCUUACAAGGCCCGAGAAGAGGAGGAGGACGAGGAGGAAGAGAAGAAGAAACCGGACGACACGCACUUCUACAGCGAUAAAGACGACGAGUUCUGAGGGACAACGAGACAAACACUUCUCGUGUGAAAGAUGUACAGAAAUCUACUAACACUGCAAUAUCUACUAACAAUAUUUUUGUAUCGUGUUCAAAUGUCUAAGCAUUUUCUUAAAUUAAGAUGCAUUUACUUGAGAAGCGAAAAUAUCUGCCAAUAGACUUUUAAGCAAAUUAAUUUUUACAUUAAAAAGUCAUUUCACUUUUCAUGUAAAUGCAUAUUGAUUUAAGAAUGCUUCUAAUUUUGUUAUGUAAAACAAUGUUUAUUUUUUUUAAGUGAAAGUAUCUUGAUUUUCAGAAGAAGUGUAGCAUUGUUUAGUCUUCCUUGGUAAUAUUUCGUAAUGUUUAUUAGAAUUAAUAUAAUUGAGAGAAGAAAACUGAUAUUUUUCUGACCGUUGCCUUCAAUGGAGGUGUUCUUGCUUUGCUCUGACUUUGAUAAAUUAAUGAUUUUUGAUAGUUUUGUAUUUUUGUAAACACAUGGAUAAUUUUAUUUGCCUGUCAAUCAACUGCAGUGUGAACGCUGAUCAAUAUUUAUGUACAAUAAAUUCAUUUAAAGAUUAAACUCGACCUGAAUUUUGA